UCUCCUGAUCUAAACGAGCGGAAAGCGAACAACACUCAUUACUCAUUGCUUCGAAAAAGCUUCAUUUUGACGGCCUCGCCCCUGAUUUGUCAUGUGUGGAAUAUGGAUGUACCUGUUCAAUGUUCUAGGUUUGCUGGUCACACCAGGUGUGUACCGUGUGGCAGCAGUGGAGAUCUCCGCACCAAAGGAGUUGAAGGUGGUGAACGGCACUGAGGUUGAGCUCCACUGCACCUUCAGGUCCAGCCAGCCACAUUCCAAAAGGUUAUCUGUUACCUGGAACUUCAGACCCUAUGGCCAGACCACAGAGGAAACGAUCUUCUACUACCAAGAGAUGCCCUACCUCCCUACCGAUGGACGGUUCAAGGAUCAUGUCGUAUGGACGGGGGAUGUCCAGAAGAACGACGCCUCCAUUACCCUGCAUGGCGUGCAGUUCGCUUUCAAUGGUACCUUCAGCUGCAAGGUGCAGAACCCGCCCGACAUCCAGGGCUACUCCGGCGAGACUGUCCUCCAGGUCAUCCAGUCAGUAAAACUUUCUGAGAUAGAGAUCCUGGCUGCAGCCGUGGGUGGAGCCAUCAUUCUUGUUAUCUUCAUCCUGAUCAUCUUCAUCACAGUGCGCUACUGCCGACAAGAUCGCAACAGCACGGAGGUAGUGCUGCGAGAUACUGAGUGGAAGCAGCCAAGUGUAUGUGCACUGGAGGAGGAUGUGACUCUAAAGAUCACAGAGAAAGAUCUAGAUACCGACAGUGUCUCCGGAGAGGAGAUGGAAGACCACUCUUAAGGAUCUGGACGAUGAGACGGAAGAUGAUGGUGACUGUGCAAGGUGUCUAAGACUACUGUAGAGACACACACGUACGUACGUACGGUCUGCAAAACCAGAUAAUGGCACUCCCAUGUUAAUAAGACAUCCAAGCUGUAGAAGCUUUAGUGAUUCUGGGAAUGCUGAAGUCUCAUUUUUACACAGAGCAGCACCUAUUUGUUAGUAUGGCACAUAGGUUUUUGUGCUUUAUUUGCUUAUUUCUUUAUAAAUGGAAAUAUUACUUACUUGCAAUGUAUGUUAAGAAAACCAAUGUACUUCCAUUUUUAAUAUUUUAAUA